CCCGAUAACACAGCCACUCUGCACAGCCGUUACCAUCGCCGGUAGUCGUCCGCGUCUACAUCGUAUACACACACAUAUAUAUAUAUAUAUACACCGUGGUCACAAGCACGCCACCGCGCCGACGGUGUCCAUCGUCCUUCCGUUCGCGUAGUCGUUCAAGUCGUGCGUUUCGUUUCGACCACCGCCGUCAUCAUGCAGACGUACGUGUGUGGCCGGCGAAAACGCGGCGCGACCGCGGCCAUCACGGCGGCCCUGUGCGCGACUUGCCUGCUGAACGCCGCCUCGGUGGUACAUGGCCACCCCGAAACCGUCACGGCGGUGCCGGACGUCGAUGGCGGAGGACCGCAACUGCUGUCGUCGUUGCAACCGCCGACGACCACCGCUCAACACCAGCCCAAGUCCGACGACUCGGCCAACACGGAACUCCUGAAGCAGGUGUUGAUGAAGAAAUGUCUGCACCGAUACACGAUGACGUGCCUGAAACUGGACCUGGUCCGGCUGAUUGACCGGCUGGGCACGGCGCGUGCCUAUCAGCUGGUUCCCGGCGUGUCACUUGUCCGAGCUUCUGACGGCAACCAUACGACGGUCACUGGCGGUCAACAUCCUCAACAGAACCAGCAUCAUCAGCAGCACCACCAUCACAGCGGCAUACCUCCAGAUGUUGUCAGAUCACUGGUGCGGGGCAACGAUUCGGCCGACGAGCUGGACGGAUAUCUGAUGGAAAAGGUCGACACGUAUCUGAACAGCCUGUCCAUCAGCGUCAAGCUAGUCGAUUCGGCGGUAGUGGAGAAGGUGCGCAAUCUCAGCAGCCAAAUGCUCGUCAACAUACUGCCCACCGGAUUACUCGAGACCGGACGGGGUAAGAAGGACGGUAUGAAAGCGGCCAUGUGGUCAGCAGGCACGCUGGCAGCAAUCGCUUUCGCGUCGCUGGCCGCCAUGUCGGGUAAGGCGCUGAUGACUGCCAUGCUGGCGCUUGUCCUGGCGGCCGUGUGCGCGCUUAAGGGCCACGGCGGCGGCGGCGGUGGCGGCAGCGGCGGUUACGGCAAGACGUCACAUUACGAGAUCAUCACCAAACCGGCUAUAUACGAUCACGAACACCUGGUGCACGGAGCGUCGUACUCGUCGGCACCGUACAGUUACGCUCGGCACCUCAACAUGGACGAGAACGGCGGAACGCAUCAUCCGAUCGGACGAGGGCCGCCGCCGCAGCCCCAGCGGGUUAGCGUAGUGCACGCGGCGCCGGCCGCUCCGGCCCCUGCCCAGUCCAACGACGCGUCGGGCCCGGGUCAGCAGGCCGGCGAAGAGGACGCGGACGACGAGGCCACCGUCGGCCGGUUAUCUUAUCCACUGGCGCCCGUCGCUUACAUUCCCACCAACAACGCCUGACGUCACGGCCAAUCGGAGUUUUGAUGUUAUUUGUUUAAGCAUCCGCUUCACAGUCGACGUCAAUACAAUUGUUAUUAUAAUAUUAUUAAUAUUUAUUUAUUUAUUUAUUUAUUUAUAUUAUAUUCAUUAUCAUUAUAAUAUUUAUUAUA